GGGGGUGCUAGAGUCCAUUCAAUCUACUAGGCUGCAUCAUGGCGAUCACUUUUAGGAAAUUAUUUGUUGUUCAUUUUACCACCAUAAUCGGAUUGUGCUGCUGUUUCCGUAAAGAUGUGAACCCAGGGGAGAAUCCAAACAUACCAGCAAUCGCCAAAUAUUUCACCACGAAAGGGAGGUACGAGGAAGUGAACCCGUAUCUCAUAGAGGACAUACUGGCUGUAAACAGAUCUAUUUUGCAGCCUCCGUCGUCGCAAUGUCGCGAAAUCCACGUGACUGCGAUGAUAAGACACGGGACAAGGUACCCCACGGUGAAAAAUGUGAAGAAAAUGCAAACGUUGUACGACCUGGUCAAGAGCAGCGCCUCAGGUAAAGAGAGCUGGCUGCGUGAGAUCCAGAACCAGUGGACGAUGUGGUACACUGAAGACAUGGACGGCAGACUCGUCCAGAAAGGAGUGAACGAUCACAAGCAUCUGGCAGUCAGGCUGUCAAAGCUGUUUCCAUCAUUGAUCACAGAGGAGAAGCUCAGAGGUGGUCUGAUCAAAUUCAUAACCAGCUCAAAGCACAGGUGUGUCAACAGCACACUGUCCUUUAAGGCAGGACUGGCAGAGCUUUGGGCCAUUACAGAUAAGGAGUUUGACUAUGCAGUGAACGAUGCCCUCAUGAGGUUUUUUGACCAGUGCACCAGGUUUGUGGAGGAAGUUGAUAAAAACCCUUCAGCUCUAUCAGAGGUGGACAAGUUCAAGCAGGGGCCAGAGAUGAGGAGGGUCCAGGAGAAGAUCGCAGACCGUCUCAGGGUGCCUUACAACACCAUAUCAGACGAUAUGGCCGAAGCUGCUUUUUACCUGUGUGCCUAUGAGUUUGCUAUCAAGACUGUGAACUCCCCCUGGUGUCGGCUUUUUGACGAGGUUGACGCACAGGUGAUGGAGUAUGCAAAUGACCUGAAACAAUUCUGGAAACGAGGCUAUGGUUAUGAUAUAAACAGUAAGUCGAGCUGCAUCCUCUUCCACGAUGUUUUCAGUCGACUGGACAGAGCGGCCAACGAGAACAAGUCAGGCCAGCAGGUGACAGAAGCUGUGACGGUCCAGGUGGGCCAUGCAGAGACCCUCCUGCCCCUCCUCACCCUCCUGGGCUUCUUUAAAGACAACGAGACCCUGACUUCCUUAAAUUACGCCACACAGACCCAACGCUCCUUCCGCACCAGCCACAUGUUACCAUACGCCGCUAACUUACUCCUGGUGCUGUACGACUGCGGUGACGGUGACUUGAGACUGCAGCCUCUGCUCAACGAGAAGCCUGUCACUUUCCCUGGUUUGACUGAGGCCUCCAUACCGCUCUAUCAGCAAGUCAAAGAGCGCUACAGGGAACUGCUGCAAGGCUGUGACUUUGAGACUGAGUGUCAGCUGUUCAAGAAUCUGGAAGUCUGACAUCGAAGGCAUGAUAGUGGCUUAAUUUAGUUUAAUCUGAAAAAUGGAGUGAAUGGAAAAUGAACAUAUUGGGAUCACUUUAGCCAGAAUGCCUCUACUCAAACAUGAACAUAUCAGUAUUUGACUUUGCCUUUGAAGCAUUUAAUAUUUUGGGAUUGUCUGAAAAAAAGUCAUCUUAACAGAGACUUUGAUUUCAAGGUAGCCCUGACUAGUACAUUACUUCUGCAGUAUUUUUUUUAACAAGGCUUCUUUUGAUGAUUGCACAAGUUAGAGCAGGAACAAAAGAUUGUAUUUUUGCUGUGUACACAUUUUAUAUAUUGUUCAUAGGAAGUUGUAGAUGCAUCACUUUGCUUUUUCCUGAUUAUGAGGAAGCACUGAGACAUUUCUUGAAGUUUGCUGACAUUUGGAAGUGGUAUGUCAUCACAUCACCUAAAUAUGUCAUCCCUUGUUUAAUAGAAAGCCAAAGAUUGUGUUAUCACUGUAACAGAAACUUCAUACAGUGGUGUUUUUUACUUUAUAAAUUCAUUACAGGUCAUUUAAUCUUUCUAGUAACAUAGAAUUGGCAAAUCUGUUCAUUCAUCUGGUCAUUUUGGUGCUCUCGUCCAAAUAUCUACUUACUUUUCUGAGAUUGAUAAUAUUUCAACAUUUGUGUUACGUUAUCAAUCUUUUUUUUUUGUACAGUUACUCUGGUCACUGCUAUGCAAUUUUACUAGUUUUAAAUAUGAAAGAUGUGUCUCUGAUGGCCCCUCACAUUCUAGACAUGGUAAGUUAUUAUCAGUGUUUUACAGUAUGGAAAUUCUGUAUUUUUCCAAUAUGAUUUCAGCUUGUUCUUUACUUUAAUACCUACUAUAAUACAUAUUUGAAUAAAAUAUAAGCUGGAUACCUCUGCAUUUGGAAAACAAUUUUUUAGCUCCCCUUUGAUGUAUUCUUUUAUUUUUUUGUUUGUUGAGGGCCACAAUCUGAAAAGGCACUCUAACAUUAUGAAUAUGUUGCAGGUGUUGGCUUUAUUGCUGUUAAAUGAAUCAUUUAAAAUGCUAUUUAGGACAUUUAAAACUGUAUACUUGCUCAGUACCUUGUAUUGAUUACAAUGCAAAUAUCCUGUUGGGGGAUUUAAAAAAGGAUUAUCUCAUCUCAGUAGACAAAACAAAGAAGGGAACCUGCUUGAUGUGGUGGGGCAGUGCAGCCUUUUCAUUGCAAUGCACUAUUUUCAUUGGAAAUAGCAUCCUAGUACCUCUCUUCACUUUUUUUUGAGUGCAAAAACCUGGUGGACACUUCAUUACAUUUUUUCAACUGGAAUAUUUUGCUGAAGGGCCCUUCAUCACGUUUUCCCCAAUGGAGAGGAACUCUGGAGGGUCCUUCGUCAUGUGGAGGGCGUGUAUCCCUCUUUUUCUGAAGGGAACAGGAGAGACCUUCAUGUUUCCUCCACUGGAAGGAUGAUCAAAAUCAAGUGGGAACUUUUUUAGGCUUUUUCUCCCAACAACCCCCAUAGCCUACACCCCUGGAGUGACUGCAAUUGUAUUGCAUAAUAUGUUACUUCUAACAUAAAGAAGCGAAUACAUUGUCUGUCAAACUGUUUCGUGUCCAUUAAAAAGCCCAUAUUUGAUGCCCAA